UCCAUUUUUCACAUGUUCCCAUUUAUUUUAAAUACAGACUUCUCAUUCCCUAACUCUCUCUUAACGAGAUUACAUUUUUUCUCAAGAUUUACGUAAUCCAUCCCUAUCUCUCUGAAUAUUCAUUUAAAAAUAUAUAAGUUCAUCUUUCUCUAUUUGGCUAUUUCAUUCCUUAAGCAAAUCCAGAGCUUCCAAAAUGAAGGAGAUUUGGACAACCAUGGCAUCAAUGAUGGGGGUGUGGGCUUUUUGCCAAACCCUUCUGCACACAGUCUUCCCGCCGGAGCUCCGGUUCGCCUCCAUAAAAUUCCUCUACCGCCUCCUCAACUGGUUCUCCUCCUACUGCUACUACGACAUCACCGAGAUCGACGGCGUCAACACCAACGAACUCUACAACGCCGUCCAACUCUAUCUCAGCAGCUCCGCCUCCACCACCGGCACCCGCCUCAGCCUCACGCGCGGACUCAAUUCCAGCAACAUCACCUACGGCCUCUCCAACAACGACCGCCUCGUCGAUACCUAUAAUGGCGCAAUCGUCGAAUGGGAACACGUGGUCACUCAAAGACAAUCCCAAACUUUUUCUUGGCGGCCACUGCCUGAAGAAAAAAGAGGCUUCAUUCUCCGGGUGAAGAAGAAAAACAGACAGAUGGUGUUGGGUUCCUAUCUUGAUUUUGUUAUGGAAAAGGCUAAUGAAAUACGUAGGAAAAAUCAAGACCGUUUGCUUUACACAAAUUCACGCGGUGGCUCCUUGGACUCUCGAGGGCAUCCAUGGGAAUCCGUACCCUUUAAGCAUCCUAGUACUUUCGAGACUUUAGCUAUGGAUCCUGUGAAAAAGGCUGAGAUUAUGGCUGAUCUCUUAGAUUUUGCAAAUGGAGAGUCUUUUUAUCAGAGAACUGGGAGGGCUUGGAAGAGAGGUUACUUGUUAUAUGGUCCACCCGGGACUGGAAAAUCCAGCAUGAUUGCAGCCAUGGCUAAUUAUCUCGGGUAUGAUAUUUAUGAUCUUGAAUUGACUGAAGUGAAUACAAAUUCUGAGUUAAGGAAGUUACUUAUGAAAACUAGUUCGAAAUCGAUUAUUGUUAUCGAGGAUAUAGAUUGUUCCAUCAAUUUAACUAAUAGGAAAAAGAGUGGUGGUGGGAGUGCUAAUUCUGGUGGCCGGAAAAAUAACCAUGAUGCUGCAUCCCCGGCACCACCUGGGGCUAAUGGAGAAGAUGGUGGCAGUACAAUAACGCUCUCUGGGCUGCUGAAUUUUACAGAUGGAUUGUGGUCUUGCUGUGGGAGUGAGAAGAUUUUUGUGUUCACUACAAACCAUAUUGAGAAGCUAGAUCCUGCAUUGCUGAGGAGUGGGAGAAUGGACAUGCACAUAAACAUGAGUUAUUGUUCCUUUUCUGCAUUCAAGAUUUUGUUAAAGAAUUAUUUAGGGUAUGAGGAAACUGACUUAGAGAAGCAAAUGUUGGAGGAAUUGGAGGGAGUGAUUGAUGAGGCUGAAAUGACGCCUGCUGAUAUCAGUGAAGUUCUGAUCAAAAACCGGCGAGACAAGAACAAGGCGGUUGGAGAAUUACUGGAGGCAUUGAAGACAAAGGCUGAACAAAAUCGAGCAAAGAAAUUGCUAGAGAGUAACAGAAAUGAGGUUGAAGAUGAAGAGCAAGAGAAGAGGGCUUUGGAUAUCCCAAAAGAAGGGUUUGAUCAAUUGGAAGAAAGUUGCAACAAAUGUGAAGAAAAAGAUGAUGAGAAGGUACACUGAACUGUUAAAAUAAGUUAUUGAAGAUGAAAAAUAAAGUUCAAAUUUCAUCUUCUGUAUGGUUCUAUCUAGUACAGUUAACUUGAAAGAGGUGGGGAAGAACACAGGCAGGCAGAUUGCUGGUGGAAUAGAAUCAACCUUCGAGUUUGUGGGGGAAUUAUUAACAUUGGGAAGGAAAAGAAAACGUGAUUGUGAGACAAUUAAUUCGAUGCCAUUUAUAUUUUUGCCUUAAAUCUUGAUUUACUUUAGUAUUUAUGUUCGUUCAGCAUUUUCUUCAAACACCUUGCCUACAAUUAUCGAUUUCUACUGUAUUCCUCAUAAGAUCCUGGUAUUGGAGUUUUUGCUUAUAUUGUGCAUUGCUAGCUGGCUGAUAUGUGAUUGCACAUGGGUUAUGUACCUUCUGGGUUGGAGAUUAUGCGAUUAUUAUUUGGACAAUGACGUUGUAGCACAUUGCCUUCAAGGUUUCUGUUCAAUAUGGACUAAUGUUAACUGUCCAAAGUGACUAUGA